AUGGAGCACGACCCCGUGGAGGAUAUGCCCCAUUGCCAUCACCACCACCACCAUCUGCAGUACCAUACUCAUCAUCAUCACCAUGGUCCAUCUCACGAAGUCCCAAGGUCAAUGGGGGAGCAGAACAAGGCUCAUUACAAUAACGUUCCUCCAGCGCUAUUUCGAUGGCCUUGGAUUAUCGAGCUGUGCAACCAGAUAUCAAAAGAGCUGCGUUCGAAUAUAGACUGGAUUGGUAUCAAGCCACCGUCUUCAAGACCGACAAAACUGUUAGAUUACGCCUGCGGUGAUGGCGUGGCGUCUCGGGCACUUGCACCGUUCAUGUCUACAGUCAGAGGCAUGGACAUAGCAUCAGGAAUGGUAGAGCAGUAUAACCAAAUGGCAUUGAAAACAGGGUAUACGCCAACCAAAAUGCGAGCUAUUCAGGGUGAUCUUAUCGAUCCCGAGUUGACGCCAUCACCGGAUAUCAACACGCCAGCAUUCUUUGAUUUUGAUGUAGUCGUCAUGUGUAUGGCACUUCAUCAUAUAGAAGACCCGGAUGACAUGAUACUACAGCUUUCAAAACGACUGAGACCAGGAGGAAUCCUACUUAUCGUUGACUGGCUUGCAAACUCUGCGAGCAGUAGUGCUCAGACAGGAAAUCGAACGCUAGGAAUGCCCAGUGGAGCGAUGAGUAGAAUGGGAUUUCAAGAGAAUGAAGUCAAGAGUGCGUAUGAUAAAGCUGGACUUGAGGAUUGGUCGUGGAAAUUGACUUCGGCGCCGUCUCAAGUACCAAGAGAGAUUGGAGGUGAACAGCAGUUGUUUCUUGCUCGAGGGAAGAAGCCAGUUACUUAG